AAGCUGUACAGUGACUCUCUGGCACGAUAUGGAAAAAGCCCAUAUUUGUAUCCACUUUAUGGUUUGGGAGAACUGCCACAAGGAUUUGCACGAUUGAGUGCUAUUUAUGGUGGUACGUACAUGUUGGAUAAACCUAUUGAUGAAAUUGUCCUGGAGGAUGGUAAAGUAGUUGGUGUACGUUCUGGAAAAGAGAUUGCAAAAUGCAAACAAGUAUAUUGUGACCCAUCCUAUGUUCCUGAUCGUUCAGAAAAAGUAGGACAAGUUGUUCGUUGUAUUUGUCUGAUGAAUCAUCCUAUUCCAAAUACUAAGGAUGCACUAUCUUGUCAAAUCAUCAUUCCACAGAAACAAGUAGGCCGAAAAUCAGAUAUCUAUGUUUCAUUAGUAUCUUACACUCAUCAAGUUGCAGCUAAAGGUUGGUUUGUAGCUAUGGUUAGUACUACAGUGGAAACCAAUAAUCCGGAGAAUGAGAUUAAGCCUGGACUUGAUGUAUUGGGACCAAUCAGACAAAAAUUUAUAUGGGUGAGUGAUGUUUAUAGACCAAAAGAUGAUGGCAGAGAAAGUCAGAUAUUUAUCUCUGAAUCUUACGAUGCCACUACUCAUUUUGAGACUACCUGUCUUGAUGUAUUGGAUAUCUUCCAUAGAGGUACUGGAGAAGAUUUUGAUUUCUCUAAAGUCAAGCAUAACUUGGGAGACGAACAAGAUUAGAAAUUUCAAAUAGCUCUUUCACGUCCCAUUUUGUCAUUAGAGAUAUCCUUUCUAUACAGUUCUCUUUAAACUGCUGUGAUGAUGAAGUUUCAGGAGAGUUUCCAGAAAUCAGCUUUAUAUGUUUUAUUUUUUAUUUUUAAUUGUCUUUUGAAAAAUUGGUGUAUGUAUACAUAUCUCGAAUGAGAAGGGAGCAAAUUGUCCAAUAGGGAAUAUUGUCCUAGGCUGUAAAAUCUUGUCUUUUCACACUGCAUUUGUUUCAACAGUUAAAUUGUAAAAAUAGUAAUAUGUGACCCUAUAAAUGUUACAAUAACCCAUCUGAUUUUUGCAAUGGUUAAUGUAAUCUUAAAAGGUCGACAUACGCUACAUCAUAUUAAGCCUGUGUAAAACAGUUAAAUGUAGUGAUAUAAAGCUCCGCACUGCAUCACAGCAACUAGCAACCAUUUAGAUGCCGUGAAAACAUGGGAAAUGUAUUGUAUUGAGUUUUCAAAGUCUGUUGGCUGAAAUUAACAUUCCUAACAGAAUGUGUUUCUAGUAAGAAUGCUUAUUAUUUUAUUGCAACUUUGAGAAAUGGACAUUUGAAUGUGGCUUUUACCUUAAAAUUGCCACAAUGGAACAACAAAAUUAAAUUGUAUGACUGCUUACA